GAUGAGGAAACGGCGAGUACGAAGAUGGUACCCCACGGUUCCGUGGGAGGAACUGAAACCUGCAUCGAUAUUCCUAAAGAUCUCAAUAUGUUAGCGACAAAUAUGAUGGAGAAGCCACCUAUUGACAAAAAAGUAAAAAGACACAGUAUUCAUGGCAUGAUGGAGGAGGAAAACGUCAUCAGACCCCACCAGGAAAUCGCUCAAUUGUCAAUGGACGAGAAAAAAUUCCUAUUGGCAGUGGAAAGGGGUGAUGUUGCGUCGACAAGACGUAUGUUGAAAAGAGCCGAAGAAACUGGAUACAUAAACAUCAACUGUGUCGAUCCAUUAGGUCGCAGUGCACUAUUAAUGGCAAUAGAUAAUGAAAAUUUAGAAAUGGUUGAGUUGCUUAUAGGUCAUAAAGUAGAAACUAAAGAUGCCUUGUUACACGCUAUAUCAGAAGAAUUUGUGGAAGCGGUGGAAGUGCUUUUAGAACACGAGGAGACAAUCCAUAAGCCUGGUGAGCCCCACAGUUGGGAAGCUCUCCCACCAGAUACAGCCACGUUUACACCGGACAUUACCCCUUUAAUUCUAUCUGCACAUAGGGACAACUAUGAAAUUAUUAAAAUCCUUCUAGAUCGUGGUGCUACACUUCCCAUGCCACAUGAUGUCAGAUGCGGAUGCGACGAAUGUGUGACAUCUCGUUUCGAAGAUUCCUUAAGGCACUCCAGGAGCAGGAUAAACGCAUAUCGGGCCUUGGCGUCUCCUUCAUUGAUCGCCUUAUCCUCGAAGGAUCCAAUUUUAACAGCGUUUGAACUAUCUUGGGAACUUCGUAGAUUAAGUUUCAUGGAACAUGAAUUCAAAAGUGAAUAUCAAGAACUUAGAAAACAGUGUCAGGACUUCGCAACGGCACUAUUGGACCACACUAGAAGUUCGUAUGAAUUAGAAGUGCUAUUAAACCAUGACCCAACGGGACCAGCGUUCGAACACGGAGAUAGAAUGCAUCUUAAUAGAUUAAAAUUAGCUAUUAAAUUAAGGCAAAAGAAGUUUGUGGCACAUUCUAAUGUUCAGCAGCUUCUGGCAUCAAUAUGGUAUGAAGGUUUACCCGGAUUCCGCAGAAAAAACAUGUUCCUACAAGGCAUCGAAAUCGUGCGCAUUGGCAUGCUUUUCCCUCUGUUUUCUAUCGCUUACAUAAUUGCACCCCACUCGGUUGUAGGGCAAACAAUGAGAAAGCCUUUUAUCAAGUUUAUAUGCCAUUCAGCAUCUUACUUCACUUUUUUAUUUAUGUUAAUUCUUGCAUCUCAAAGACAAUAUCUACAAUCUCUUUUCUACAUAUCUGAAGACAUUGAUCAAUACACUAAAAGAGGGGCAAAACCGUUUCUUGUGGAAUGGAUAAUUUUGGCUUAUGUAAGCGGUUAUAUAUGGAGUGAAAUAAAGCAAUUAUGGGAUGUUGGACUGGAGGAGUAUGUUCGAGACAUGUGGAAUGUAAUCGAUUUUAUAACAAAUUCGUUGUAUGUGGCCACCGUUGCGCUGCGUGUGGUUUCAAUUUAUCAGGUAUAUCAACAACCAACUUUGGCAACAAAACAUAGAGAAGAAUGGGAUGCGUGGGACCCAAUGUUGAUCUCCGAAGGUUUAUUUUCUGCAGCUAAUAUAUUCAGUUCGUUGAAACUAGUAUACAUUUUUUCCGUAAAUCCACAUUUGGGGCCCUUACAAGUUUCCCUCUCCAGAAUGGUUAUGGAUAUAAUGAAAUUCUUUUUUUUGUACGUGCUCGUCUUAUUUGCAUUUUCAUGUGGCCUAAAUCAACUCUUAUGGUAUUACGCUGAAGCUGAAAGACUUCAUUGUCCAUCUGAAAACAUCGAAACGUCACGAAACACUACUGGCAAUAAUCAGACUGACACAAACGCAUGCACGAUAUGGAGGCGAUUCUCAAACCUAUUUGAAACCAGCCAAACUUUAUUCUGGGCUGUAUUCGGCUUAAUUGAUUUAGAAAGUUUCGAACUUCACGAAAUCAAAAUAUUUACACGUUUCUGGGGUAUGCUUAUGUUCGGUACAUACUCCGUCAUCAAUAUUGUCGUUCUGCUGAAUCUGCUAAUUGCUAUGAUGAACCACUCCUAUCAACUUAUAUCGGAACGAGCUGAUACUGAAUGGAAAUUUGCCCGAAGUAAGCUCUGGAUCAGCUAUUUUGAAGAAGGUGGUACCGUUCCUCCUCCUUUCAAUGUUAUUCCAACCCCCAAAACGUUGUGGUAUAUAAUACAAUGGUUUAGAAGAAAACUAUGUGGCCAGUCUAGAGCAGCUAAGAAAGAACAUAUGAGGACAAUUAGGAAGAAAGUGAAACAAGCUAGUGAACGAGACUUCAGAUAUCAAAGCAUCAUGAGAAAUUUAGUCAGACGUUACGUAACUGUCGAACAACGAAAGGCGGAAAAUCAAGGAGUAACGGAAGAUGAUGUCAAUGAAAUUAAGCAAGAUAUUUCCGCAUUUAGAUUCGAGCUUAUUGAGAUCCUUAAAAAAUCUGGAAUGAACACGCUAACUGCUCAUAGUGGCUUAGGAACGGGUGGAAAGAAAAACAGACAAAAAGAGCGACGAUUAAUGAAGGGAUUUAAUAUAGGACCACAACCGUCAACAUCUUCUGGGUCACUUCCACCCGUAGCUGAAUUUAUAGCAUCUUUACAACAACAUGAGGGGCAACAUCACGACUUUUUCGGUUCCACAUUGUCAGGAAUCUUUAACUCAACUCCAAGAAAAUUGCACCAGCAUAGCAGCACAGUAUCUUCAUCUCAAGGCAGUAUAAAUGAAUCACAUUCGAAUCAACAUCAUCAUAAAGGAUUAUCAAAAUUUCACAUUAAACGAAGCCAUUCCCACAAACGUCGUUGGGGAACAUUAAUUGAAGCCGCAAAAACUGGGAAGGUGUCCAGGUUAAUUGGAAGAUCCCGUUCUGAAGAUUCCGUGUGUAAUAAUUGCAGAGAACAUGGAAACAAUCAUUCCCAAAGCCACAGUCCAGCUUCGGAUGAAAAUGGAUCUGUUAGUCGGUCAGAUUCAAAUCCUAGCUUGGACAUAAAUGAAAGCCACGAAGCAGAACCCGAACUCCACGGCUUGGCUCAAGGUUUAGCUUUACUCAAAAGAAAAAGGAAAAAAUUCUCAGCUUCCAGAAACGCUAGCCCCAUAGUUCCUUCCAAUGAAAACAGUUCGACUAAAAAAUCUACGAGUAAAAAGAUGCCACAAGUAUUAAAACGAGCUUCAAGUGUUCCUACCAGAGUGCCGGAAAUCGUACAAGUAUUAUCACAUUCUAAUGACCACACUGUUCGCAAGCAUCAUGAAUCCAUGGCCAGAACCAUCACACCUUCGACAACUGAGGAAAGCGUUGUUGCGGUCGAAAUUAACAAUGUUCCUUCUGGAUCGUCAUCUAAAGAACCACUUUUGUACAAUUCUUCAUCAAGUAAUCAAGCAGGAUCUCAAACUCCAGACGACGAAAAAAAUGAAGUGUUGUAUGAAGAAUCUCCAAGUUCUUAUAACCUUCCAAAAUUACCAGGUAUUAUACCUCUAAGCGGACACAAUGGACCAUCUGGAUGGCUAUAAUUUGAUUUACUUAAAUAUUUAAAUUAACACUUCUGAAAUAAACAGAAUACAAUCCAUUUUGUUCCGAGGAUUCUCAUAAUGGCAACUCUAUCUAAUUUUAACAUUUUAUCCGUUCAUUUUAGUGCCUUAAGAUUCAUGAAAUGACAGAUUUUAAAAUAUAAAAUAAUUUACUCGAAACCUCUAUCAACGAAAUAUUAUAUCGAUUUUUACUCGUGAAUGUUUUAAUGAAACUACAAUAAUUUUUUACUGUAAUUAGAUCUUCCUUUUUUAUACCUGUAUUUUAUAUGCGUUCCACUUCCACGAUUAUAAAGGUUUCCAAAACAGAAGCAAAAUUUCGAUAUUUAUUAUCAAUAAUUAUAAUUACUGAUAUGUAAUGUAGGACCCGAAAAUCAGACUUUCUUAAGUUUCGUACCUUUUUCAUUGUAUAUAUAAUGAGUAGAGAAUAUUUGAAAUGAAUCAAACUACAUUCAAAUUUUAUAGACGUCAUCAAUAUAAAAAUUAUUGUUUUUAGAGCAAGUUCAGUUAAUUUUUA